AUGUCCGUCAGCAGCCACGAGAACCGGAAAUCCCGCUCGAGCUCCGGCUCCAUGAACAUCCACCUCUUCCACAAACCGGGCCACGCCGACAGCCUCCUCACCCACCUCAACCUGCUCCGCAAGCGGCACCUCUUCACCGACGUGGUGCUGCGGGCGGGGAACCAGGCCUUCCACUGCCACCGGGCCGUCCUGGCCUCCUGCAGCCGCUACUUCGACGCUAUGUUCAGCGGGGGCCUGAAAGAGAGCAGAGACGCCGAAGUCAACUUCCACGACUCCCUCCACCCCGAGGUGCUGGAGCUGCUGCUGGACUACGCCUACUCGGCCCGGGUGCUGAUUAACGAGGAGAACGCGGAGUCCUUGCUGGAGGCUGGGGACAUGUUGCAGUUUCAGGAUAUUCGGGAUGCUUCGGCCGACUUUCUGGAGAAGAAUCUCUACCCUGGGAAUUGCUUGAACAUGCUGCUGCUGUCCGAUGCCCACUGCUGCGAGCGGCUGCUGGAGCUGUCCUGGAGGAUGGCGUUGGCCAACUUCACCUCGCUCUGCAAGACCGAAGACUUCCUCCGACUGCCCAAAGACAAGCUGCUGGAGCUGGUGGAGAGUGAAGAGCUGGAGGUAGAGGAUGAGACGCUGGUCUACGAAGCUGUUAUAGGUUGGAUCCGGUACGAUUUGCCCCGACGCCAUGAAGUUCUGCCAGAGCUGCUGCGCUCCGUCCGCCUGGCCCUCCUGCCCGAGUCCUACCUGCGGAAGCAAGUGGCCUGCGAGAAGCUGGUGACCAGCCACAAGCUGGGGGAGGAGAUCGUGGCCGACGCCGUACGAUGCAAAAUGAAAAUCCUGCAAAACGACGGCCUUGUGACAGGGUGCUGUGCCCGACCGCGCAAGGUCAGCCAGGCCCUGCUGCUGCUCGGUGGCCAGACCUUCAUGUGCGACAAGAUUUAUAUGCUGGAUCAUAAAACCAGCGAGAUCAUUCCUCGUGCCGACAUCCCAAGCCCUCGUAAAGAGUGCAGUGCCUGCGCUAUCGGGUGCAAAGUGUACAUCACUGGCGGCAAAGGCUCCGAGAACGGCGCUUCCAAAGACGUCUGGGUUUACGACACCCUCCACGACGAGUGGGCAAAAGCUGCUCCCAUGCUGGUGGCGCGGUUUGGCCACGGCUCCGCUGAGCUGGACCACUGUCUGUACGUGGUGGGGGGUCACACAGCAGUGAGCGGUGCCUUCCCGGCCUCUCCCUCCGUCUCUCUCAAGCAAGUCGAACACUACGACCCGCAGCUGGACAAAUGGUCCUUGGUGGCCCCUCUCCGAGAAGGCGUAAGCAACGCCGCCGUGGUGGGAGCCAAGAUGAAGCUGUUUGUUUUCGGUGGCACCAGCGCCAACCAGGAGAAGCUGCCCAAGGUGCAGUGCUUUGACCCCUGCCAGAACCGGGCCGCCGCCGUGGUGGGCAGCCACAUCAUUGUCAUCGGGGGGGACACGGAGUUCUCCGCCAGCUCCGCUUACCGCUUCCACAGUGACACCUACCAGUGGUCCAAAUUUGGGGACGUCACCGCUAAGCGCAUCAGCUGCCGUGCUGUUACGUCGGGUAACAGACUGUACGUGGUGGGGGGCUACUGCGGGGCUCAGCGCUGCAAAACGCUGGACUGUUACGACCCAUCGUCUGACACCUGGAGCAGCGUCACGACAGUGCCUUAUUCCCUCAUCCCCACCGCCUUCGUCAGCACCUGGAAGUACCUGUCUGCCUGAGUCACCGUGUGGCGAAGAACCUGGGAGGCUUCGCACCCGAUUUUGCCAGUGUCUCACU